GUAGAACACAGCCCAAUAGCUGACUAAGAAUAUUUACUUGACUACAUACACAUAUCGUGAUGGUUAAUAAUGAAAAUGCAAUUGGUGCUGGUCAGCAGGUCAUUUGGAUUGGCAGCCACGAGCCGAACACAUACGUCAAAAGUUUGGAGCACAAAAACGUGUAUUUCUACAAGAAGUGCGUCUAUGGACCGUUGACGUUAAGUGUGGGCGAUUACAUACUGGUGGCCAACGCGGACGCAUCUGAGCCGGACACCGUCGAGGGUUGUGACAUCGCCAAGAUUGUGCAUCUGUACGAACUGCGGGAGAUGACCCACAAAGAAUCCUGCCGUGCUAUCGUCCAGUGGUACUCACGCCCGCAGGCCAUACCGCAAAAGCAUUUCGAUGAGGACGACUUAUCCUUUGAUUUUGACUUGGAAAUAAUUGAAGAGCAUCGUCCCUACGACAACGACGUCGCCUUGGCCUCCAUUUAUCGCAAGUGUCUCGUCUUGGAGAGCAACUCGAAGAGCACAGCUCAGCAGAUAAUUAAAAAGAGCAAAGUGCCGUCAAACUGUCUCAUGUUUGUGACACGCUACAAAUUCCUAAAAGUGAGCAACGCAUAUCGGUUGAUUCCGCUCGAGAUACAUUUAGAUAAUGAACCAAAGUCAGCCAAAAAACGACGCUCCGUUCGAAAUGGAGUCUCCGAGCCCAAAUCGAGCUCGCGCCGACGCGUCUCAAUGGCGGCAGGCUGUGAGGCGCCCGUUGAGUUUGUGGACGUCAACACUAAUGCCAACUAUUUCAAUAGCGAGAACAAAGUGUCGCCCAUUAAAAUUGUGGGUGGUCGAAGUGUGGUGCGUCUUUCGGAGAAGAAGAAAAGCCUGAGCAAUGCAGCCGCCGCCGACGGUGUUGAGCCAGAGAUCAAUGCCAACUAUCUGAUGGCCUCACCACUGACCGAAAAGAAUCCCAAAGUCUCCACACCCAAAUCACGAGCAUCGGCUGCUCGUCGCAAUCUAAAUCUCAGUCUGGACAAGGGCGGUGACAGCACUGCCGACUCGGAAUGCUUGAACUAUUCGAUUGUGCAGCAAACUCCAGAUCCCAAGACGCCCUCGAAUGACAUGAAAAUCAAGCUGCGCAUCUCGGAACGCAGAAGAUCGGUGCGUCUAGCAUCGGUUGAUUGUGAGCGUGAUCCCUUGGAUGCAGUCGAAUCGUACGUCACAGAUACGCCAAAUACGCAGCGACGAAAGCGUCUGGGUGUUACCAAUGGCGACAUCUAUCAUACGCCCACCAAAAAGACCAAGGAGCCAGUGGAACCCGUGGGCACCGAAUUGACACCCUCCACGCGUCGCAAGAGCAUUUUGAAGUCAGCCACAACGCGAUUGGCUGAUGGCACGCCCAGACGCAGCAUUCAGCUGUCUAAUAUUGUGGAGCAGCGCAUCUUCAAGGACAACGACAUCAUAUCGACACCGAAGCGCAGUCGUUCCAAGCUCACUGAUGAAACGGCUGACGCGGAUUACACGCCAGGCAAGGCGAGCCAAAAGACACCGACACGUUCGCGACGCGUGAGCACCACAGGCACAAGGCAGGCAUCGGCAACCAAGCCGAAGGAGACGGCUCCAUUGACACCAUCGCAGAAGCUAAAGAAAAUACGUGCCGGUGAGCUGAGUCCCAGCCUGGAGCAUCGUCGUCAGCCCGUGAAUGACAAGCACAAGUCGCAGUUGCAGCUGGCACGCGAACAGUUGCAUGUGUCGGUCGUGCCCAAAAGUCUGCCGUGUCGCGAGAAGGAGUUCGACAAUAUCUACAACUUUCUGGAGGGCAAAAUUCAGGAUGAAUGCGGUGGCUGUAUGUACGUAUCCGGUGUGCCGGGCACGGGAAAAACGGCCACUGUCACCGGCGUCAUCCGUACACUGCAGCGUCUGGUGGCCGAGGAUAAGUUGCCAGCUUUUGACUUCUUGGAGAUUAAUGGUAUGCGGCUAACGGAGCCGCGACAGGCUUAUGUGCAGAUCUACAAGCAGCUGACGGGCAAAACUGUGUCCUGGGAACACGCCCACACAUUACUGGAUAAGCGUUUCACAACGCCGGCGCCGCGUCGUUUGACCACCGUGCUCCUCGUGGACGAGCUAGAUAUAUUGUGCAAUCGGCGUCAGGAUGUGGUUUACAAUCUGCUCGAUUGGCCUACCAAAUCGGCGGCCCGCCUAGUGGUGGUCACCAUAGCCAACACAAUGGAUUUGCCCGAGCGCCUGUUAAUGGGCAAGGUCACAUCGCGUCUGGGUCUUACGCGUCUCACUUUCCAGCCGUAUACGCACAAGCAGCUGCAGGAGAUUGUCACCGCACGUCUGGGCGGCUCUGAGGCAUUCAAGGGUGAGGCUGUGCAGCUGGUGGCACGCAAGGUGGCCGCAGUCUCGGGAGAUGCGCGUCGUGCUUUGGACAUCUGCCGUCGUGCCACAGAAAUUGCCGACACCGCCGAGCAGCCGGCGGGAGUAAAGUGCGUGAAUAUGCUGCAUGUGCAGCAAGCGCUGGCCGAAAUGAUUGCCAGCGCCAAAGUGCAGGCCAUCAAGAACUGUUCGCGGCUGGAGCAGAUGUUUCUGCAAGCCGUUGCCGCCGAAGUCACACGCACCGGCGUCGAGGAGACUACGUUUAUGGGCGUUUACACGCAGCUGGAGACAAUUGUGACGUUCAUGGGCUUGGCACUGCCAGCACCCGGCCGUGCCCUGCAACUUUGCUCCAAGCUGGGCGCCGAGCGUCUCAUCAUCAGCGAGCACUCGCGACAUGAUCUCUACCAGAAGAUACUGCUCAACGUUAGUCCCGACGACAUUCACUAUGCGCUGCGUGUGGAGGGCAACUGAACUCAUGAUAAUUCCGAUGAUUAGGUUUUAAAGCUUUUAAAUUAUUUAAUAUUUAAGCCUCAUGUUUAAACAAUUUAAAGUACAAACUCGUUGUUAGGAAUACCAAAUAGAAUACAAA